AUGGCCGGGUGCGAAACGAAAUGUGUGGUGCAGACUGGUGGGUGCUCGAUGUCGGCGAAGGUCAAGUUGUGUGUGGUCAGCGGUGCCGCCGGGGUUCUCAUCAUGGAGGCGCCGAACGCGGCAGACAACCCGUCGCUGCCGGUGCCGGACGAGCAGGGCCAGGUCUAUCUCUCUGAGGGCGAGUCCCUGGCGGACCUGGUCCCAGUGCUCUUCACCAGCUACAACGACCAACUCUGGACAGCCCUCAUGCACGAAGAGGCCGCGUCUGCUGAAAGUUGGUUAGGAGGGAAUGAGGGAACGAGGUCUUGCGAUGCGCUGUAG